AUGGCAAUCCCCUUCUCUCAGUCCUAUGAACCAUUGCUGGCACCGACAAACUCUGAAAACGACAAUCGUCCUGCCUUUUUCGUCAUCAGCCCAGAGUCGCUACGCACGGACCCCUUCAGUGACGAUGAGAUCAUGCGGGGCAUCAGAUCUCUAGAAAGAACAGCGAAAGGAUUGCGGGAGCGCAUCUACGCCGAACUCUGGGAAUAUGGUGUUGACUAUAUACCCGAGAAGCCUCACCAUCGGUACGAUGGUAGAACGCAAAAGUUCCUCUUCGAGCUGGCAACACAACUGGAAGAUAUGCUGGCUCAAAUACAUUCUGGAUCCCUCCAGGUUCUAGAAGCCUGCAGGCAGCUCAACGGGCUGCUGCAGUUUGCCCACCAUCCAACCUCCUCGGACCCACCGACACUGAUGGAUCCAUUGACGAACGCUGCUAUCAACGACACAAACACUACUCUGGAGGCGUUGCCUGGUCUGACCGAGAGCCUCACAGAGAUGCAGGAGGAGAUCGAGGCUUUGUGUCACAUCAUCAAGUCACUUGUGAAGUUAAUCGAGCAUGCUGCUCUCGAGUGCCUCCGCUACAGCGCCUGCGAGGUGCAGGACGCACGCAAGAUCCGCGUGGGCCUCGAACAGGUCUGCUACCAGCGAAAGCAGCUCAAAACGUUUGAGACAGCGACCGAGGCAAUGCGAACCAUUCUUAAGGAUUGCUACUCUACCAGGAUUGUCUCCGACCACGACAUUACGCGCAUACGUACCCAGCUGAACGAGAUGAAGAACGCCUUCACAAGCCUCUACCCGCCACCCCCUAUCCAGAUGCAGACACCCGAUUCGGGAAGCUCAUACCGCCAUGUUCGCCGGACCCGAGUCUCAAAUAGGACAGCAUUUGCCAGCUAUCCCGCUCAUUACACCCCCAUGGUAACACCCUGGUCCACCCGGGAUAUACACCCACGCCGAGGGUAG